UUGCGUUUCUGCCCGCCAACGGGACACACCGAAAGCGCAAACAUUUUCGAACCCCAAUGCAUAUAUAACAUAAAGACAAUCUCCACCAAUACAACCCACCGCUUCCCCUUUCUCUCUCUCUUUUUCUCCUCUCCUCUGGUUCUUCAAUCCCCUUUUUCUCAGUUCCGCCGGACAUGGAUGGCCCUUUGAGCUCCUCCUUUUUCCUCUUUUGAGUCCCCUAAUCCAAGCUUCAUUCGAUGGCAAUGCAUCGCUAUGAGCCAGCCGACGAUGAAGCCCAAACCCAUUUGAUUUCGCUCGAUUCUCUGUUUUGCGAGGAGGAGAAAUGGGAGGAGGAGGAGGAUGAAGAUGAGCUAGAACAGACCCAUCAAGCCCAUGUUUUUUCUUUGGAUGUUUUGGAGGAAGAUCUAUUUGGGGAAGAUGAACGCCUUCUCUCCUUGUUGUCUAAGGAAACAGAGCAGCUGAAACAGAGCAAUCUCCAGCUUGAACCUCUGUUAAUGGAUCCUUCUGUCUCUGCUGCUCGUUCUUCGUCUGUGGAGUGGAUGCUUAAAGUUAAAUCCCAUUAUGGGUUUUCGUCUCUCACUGCAAUUUUGGCCGUUGCUUAUUUCGACAGGUUCCUCUCGAGCUUUCAUUUUAGAAGUGACAAGCCAUGGAUGAACCAGCUUGUGGCUGUCACUUGCCUCUCGUUGGCGGCUAAAGUGGAGGAGGUUGAAGUUCCUCUGCCACUUGACCUUCAAGUGGAGGAUGCGAAAUUUGUGUUUGAGGCCAAAACCAUUCAGAGAAUGGAGCUUUUAGUGCUCUCAACUCUUCAAUGGAGGAUGCAUUUGGUUACUUCAUAUUCAUAUCUUGACAACAUUGUAAGAAGGCUUGGAUUAAAGACCAAUCUUCAUUUGGAGUUCUUCAAGCGUUCUGAGAAUCUCCUCCUUUCUCUUCUCUCAGAUUCAAGAUUUGUGGGUUAUCUUCCAUCUGUCUUAGCAACUGCAACAAUGAUGAACAUUAUAGAACAGAUUGAACCCCAUAAGUCAAUGGAGCACCAAGAUCAUCUUCUGGGUGUUCUUAAAAUGAGCAAGGACAAAGUGCAAGGCUGUUACAAUCUUGUAGUGGAGCAUUCAAAGGCAUGUAGCAAUGGCUUAUAUCAUUCCAUCAAUCCCCACAAGCGGAAGUACGAACAUCAUCAAGCUCCUGAUAGCCCAAAUGGUGUGAUUGAUGCUGGUUUCAGUUCAGACAGCUCCAAUGAUUCAUGGGCAUUGAGAGCAGCAGCAUCAGUUUGUUCUUCACCUGAACCAUCUUUCAAGAAGAACAAAACCGAAGAGCCAAGAAUGUUAUAUCAUUCUCUGAACAGGAGGGUCUGUUUGGACAUUGUUGGCAGCCCUUCUUAGUUCAUAAUCCGCCCCCCUUUCCCCUCCAAAGAACUAGGAAAUGAUUAUGUAUGUGUUAUAAUGCUCUGCUCCAUUUCUCACUUUUGAUAUCAAAUUGCUUGCCCAUAAUGUUCUUGGCAUUAGAAUUGGAAGGUGGAAGGAAGAGCAGUGAUGGGGAUUUGAUGGGAAUGUUCACAAGAACAGAAGUGACCAGAAAAAAAAAUGGCAUGGCAGAGGAGAAGACAAAAAGUAUGCAUUUCUACUUGAUUUCAAAUCAGAUCACUUUCCUUUUUGUUUUGGAGGAAACUCUCAUUAUUAUUAAAUAAAGCACAGUAGUUCUUGGUUUCU